AUGUUAUCCACCAAUGGGAAACCUCCGCUGACGCAGAGUUCGGUCGCUGCCUGUGAGGAGGAGGAGGAGGAGGAGAAGAAGAAGAAAUGGACUACCACAACUGCUGAGCUUCCAGUCCAAGGGCAACCGCUCAGUUUGACCGCCGGCAUAAAUGGGAAUAAAGAAGAUAAUGUGAUUCCUUGGUACUCCCGUUCUGCAGCACUGCAGAGAGGAAGUGACGUUGACUUCAAACCUUACGAAAGUAAACAUAUCGACACUACCACGGUAGCAGAAGCUGACACCUCUCUGAUGCAAGUUUCACCCAGUGUCAAUCAAAAAGUACUAGAACUACUGGACAAUUGGCCAGCGAAUGGUGGUAAGCACGACAUCAAAACCACCCCCGAGCCGGACGUGCUCUACGCAGGUAGAUCAACCUCACCAAUUGAUCACAAAUUCGAAGAUAUCAUUUUCUAUGCAAGGACAUUCAAUGAGGACCUCCAGGGCUAUAUACUCGAAGCUAAAGUCAAACGGCAGUACGCUGGCUGUGACUUCGUCGCCCCUUCAGUUGCAACGACAAAGACCCAGCCCUCCAGUAUGGUCUACUCGACCGCGACGGCUCCGACGACAGCUCCAAUUCCGACCAAUGACGGCUCGGACGUGGAUGAGAAAAUAGAAAAUACUGAACAUAGAAUUAUCUACGCAAGUCGAUGUCAAUCAUAA